AUGCAGUGCGGAGGGCCUGGUCAUCAAGGUGACGAAAAUAUGAACGGGGCAGGGGAGCAGGUUGACAUCCUGCCUCCAAACUGUGUGGUUAAAGAACGGUGGAAAGUGCUGAAGAAGAUUGGCGGUGGUGGUUUUGGAGAGAUCUAUGAGGCAUUGGACAUGCUGACAAGAGAGAAUGUGGCACUGAAGGUGGAAUCAGCACAGCAACCCAAACAAGUGCUGAAGAUGGAAGUAGCAGUGCUGAAGAAACUACAGGGUAAAAAUCAUGUUUGUAAAUUCAUCGGCUGUGGGAGAAAUGAGAAGUUCAAUUAUGUUGUCAUGCAACUUCAGGGUAGGAAUUUAGCUGAUUUGAGGCGUAGCCAGCCUCGGGGGACAUUUACCAUGAGUACCACUCUACGGUUGGGCAAACAGAUCUUGGAAUCUAUCGAGGCCAUUCACUCUGUAGGCUUCCUCCACAGAGAUAUCAAACCAUCUAACUUUGCCAUGGGUCGCCUGCCCACCACCUACAGGAAGUGUUACAUGUUGGAUUUUGGUUUGGCACGGCAGUACACUACCACUAAUGGAGAAGUGCGACCGCCAAGGACAGUUGCAGGGUUUCGAGGAACAGUUCGCUAUGCUUCCAUCAACGCACACAAAAACAAAGAGAUGGGUCGUCACGAUGACUUGUGGUCGCUGUUUUAUAUGCUUGUGGAAUUCACAGUCGGACAGUUACCGUGGAGAAAGAUCAAAGACAAGGAGCAGGUUGGUCAGAUUAAGGAGCGGUACGAGCACAAGAUGCUGCUCAAACACAUGCCCUCAGAGUUCUACAUUUUUCUGGAGCACGUGCUGAGUUUAGACUACUUUACCAAACCGGACUACCAGUUGCUGAUGUCUGUGUUUGACAACAGUAUGAAGGAAAGAGUGAUCACAGAGAAUGAGCCGUUUGAUUGGGAGCGAACAGGAACUGACACCAUGCUCUCAGCCAGCACAGCUACACCACCACAACAAAACACACGGCAAACUGCAGCCAUGGUGGGGGUUGUAAACGUGACUCCAGUUCCCGGUGAGUUACCACGGGAGAACACGGAUGACGUUUUACAGGACGAGCAUCUCAGUGACCAGGAGAAUGCCCCGCCCGCGCCAUCUCCCAUCAGGCCCGUGGAAACUGCCCCACCCCCGGCCGAAGGGGAGGCGUGGGACGAAACUGAUUUCAACCGUAACAAACUCAGGAUCAGCAUCAGCAAGACCCAGGUGGCAGCAGAGGAGGAGGAACCUGCAGGAGGGGCAUGUCCUGUCUCCCCAGUGGAGGGUGGGGCUCCAGAGUCCCCUGGCGCCCAGCAACACCCCCUCAGGUACCGGCGGGUCAACAGUCCAGAGUCUGACCGCCUGUCUGGGGCAGAUGGGAGGAUAGAUGCUUAUGACAAACGCUCACGAAUGGACAUGCUGGGCUCUCCAUCACGACUGGUGUAUUCCUCUCAACCCGCCCAGAUGCUCUCUUUGGAGGCCGGGCAAGUAGAACGACACGGAGGUCGUCAUGACGCUUCGGCUGAUGCCGACCAAGAAGCGCAUAGCAACGCUUUUAUUCGCUCUGUUCCGUUGGCCGAGGAGGAGGACUUUGACAGUCGGGAAUGGGUUCUUAUUGACAAAGAGAUGGAACUGAAGGAUUUUCAUCCAGGAGCAGAACCAACAACUUCUGGAACAACCGAUGAGGAGCCAGAGGAAUUACGCCCUCUUGAGGAGCAUGAAGAGAGGAGGCGCAGAGGUGGGGCAAGUGCAGAAGCCGUGGUCCGUCCCAAAGCUCAGCGUGGGAUGGUACCGCUCACCGAGGAGGCAGGGUCUGGUCCAAGCCCUGCCCACUCACCCUGUCACUCAGCGCCGCAUAGUGGCCCACGACGGAGAGAGUCGGAACCCUUUGGACCUCACAGACAAACACCAGAUGUGAAGGUUAUGACCCCUUCCCCUCAACACAGGGUGAAGCGUGUUGACUUCCAGUCAGGAGUGUUGACCUUUGACCUUUCCCAGGAGGUGCAUGGCAGUUCAGGAGGAUCUGGCAGUGAGGGAAGCCCUCGCAGUAGUGAGGGAAGCCCAGAGGGAGCUGCAUCCACUCUCCUUGCGCCUCCUCCACAACGUGAGCCCGAUCAAGAGGAGGGCUCACGCACCCUGGUGCUUGUCUCCGCUGGCAAUGGGGCUGUUUCCCCUGGAAAUGGUCUGGGAUCCCCUGGUGAUGGCCAGGGCACACUUGCUGCGCUCACUCCCCAGGGAGAGCGACCAGCACCAGAUGAAUCUGAGCCAGGUACCCUCUCCUCUGUCAUCAGGUCAGAACCUCGGCCCAUUGUUGUAAUGACAACCACUAGUGGUGGCACAUCAUCACCCCCCUUCACCAAGGUGGAGCGAACCUUCAUCCACAUUGCUGAGACAACACACCUUAAUGUCAUGACAACCAGACUUCAGCUCCCUGGUUUGGAGGAGGAACCACUGGCUGAGAGAGAGGAAUUAAAGAGACGGGAAGAGGAAGGGGGUGAGGAGGACAAGGAAAAAGAGAAUGAGAAAAUGAAAAUGGAAGAAGAAAAGGCAGAGAUUGAGAGCAAAGAAAGAGAAAGCAGCAGUGAAGAGGUAAUCCUGGAGAGAGAAGAGGAGAAGAAGAGUGAGGAGGAUGAUGAGAAAGAGAGAAAGAGUGAGGAUGAGAAUGAGAGAGAGGAAGACAUCAAGGUAGUCCAUUCAGAGAGUGAAAAAGACAGCGGGAGUGAAGGAAAGGUUCAAGCUAAGGAAGAGGAGGUAGAACAAGAAGAUGAGGAGUAUGUAGAAAAAGAGAAAGAGAAUCAGGAGAAUGUGUGCCCUGCUCUGACUGCUAUAACAAAGAUAGAAGCAGAGGUACAGAAGGAUGUAGUUCUGCUCAGAAAGGAGGAAGGUGCAGAGCCUGGAUCCACAGAUCGACCGUGUCCACCUCGAAGAAGUCGUAUUCCUGUGUUGGCAUCUGAAGAGGAAACUGGAUCUGAUCGAUCAUCUCCAACUCGGCGAGAGCAGACACAACGUGGUCGCCUUGGCCGACGCCCUCACCUGGCUCGUCUUGUUCUGGAGCGGAAACAGACUUGCCCAAUUCGCCAACAAUCCACUUCCUCCCCUUCUCCCACCUUCUCCACUACUGCUUCUGAAGAUGACACUCACCAAUCAGAUGAAUCCACCAAAGAAAGGAGGAGGGAUAGGGAAGCUGAAGGACGGGGCAAGAGCAGAAUCCCACGGCCAGUCACACCCGUCAAGAAACCUACAGCCCAAUCAGGAACAGUGCUACUUCCCCGAACUCAGAAGCCCAUUCCUUCCACUUAUCACAGGUGGGUUAAAGAGGGUUUUUAUGGGUCUCAGAGUGUGAGUGCCUCUCUCUAUCCACAACUCAGAUCUCAACCCCGCCCUUUGAAGCCCCGCCCUCUCUCCACAGGUUCUAGUCUGGUCUCCAGUGGUCGGACAGACCUGCAGGGGAUUGUUCGAUCUCCCGCUUCCCCCACUCCCCGCAGCUUAAGCACCUCUCCUCGCAGUUACUCCACCUCCCGCACAGAUAGCCCCUCCCCUCAACGUGUCCGUAGUCAGCCCUCAGCCAAUGAUACGCAGAGACAACCUCGCACGCCCUAUCCUCCUCAGAGCUACCCAUCCAAACCAAAAGCCCAGGACUCCACUCCCAAGAGGAGCAAGUCACAACUGUCAGGCACCCCCCUGAAAGGAAAGAAAAUUUCAUCAGAGGGGAAGCUUGCAGAUAGAUAA